UUCUCUACCGCCUUUAUGUCAAACUAUGUCCGACAGUUGCCGAAAACCACGCGAGAAGCUGUGCGGUCACGUGACCACAGGAUAACCCACGUGACUGAACUAGCAACCAGAACCGCGGAGUGCCGUCCCUAUCUGGGAGUAGAGGAGCGGCUCAGGUUGUUUAUACCUGAAAAACACAGAAUGCUCCGACUUUUGUGGCUGUUUGCCGUGCUGGACGCGGUGCUCCUGCUGGACACCGGCAUGCUGUUCCCCCGGGAGUCCUCCUCCAGAGAGCUGAAGGAGCUGAGUGGGCUGUGGGUGUUCAGGGCUGACAAGUCCCCAAACAGGAACCAAGGCUUCGAGAGAGCUUGGUACAAAAGUCGCCUGGCAGAGACUGGUCCAGUGAUUGACAUGCCAGUUCCAGCCAGCUACAACGACAUCACACAGGACAGCACACUGAGAGAUUUUAUUGGCUGGGUGUGGUAUGAGCGAGAGGUGGUGGUGCCUGCCCGCUGGAUCACAGAUGAGGGAACCAGAGUGGUUCUCCGAGUGGGAAGUGCUCACUAUAAUUCAGUUGUGUGGGUAAAUGGGGAGAAAGUGACAGAGCAUGCAGGUGGCCAUCUUCCUUUUGAGGCGGAGAUAGGCAGUUUAAUGCGGAAGGACCCGACUCGCCCAUGCAGGAUCACCAUCGCUGUCAACAACACACUGACUCUGGAGACUCUUCCUCCAGGAACCAUCCAGCACAUGAACGACCCCAUCAAGUAUCCUGAUGGGUAUUUUGUGCAAAAUAUCUAUUUUGACUUCUUCAACUAUGCUGGGAUACAUCGUCCUGUACUGCUAUAUACUACUCCUAAGGUGUAUGUGGAUGACAUCACAGUGGUGACUGAUUUCUUGGACAACACAGGCUUUGUUAGAUACCAAGUGUCAGUCAAAGGUGCUGCAACAGCCACCCUGAAAGUUACUUUGAUGGACAAGGAUGGCCAUUGUGUGGCCUCCUCCAACGAGGCUUCUGGAGUGCUCAAAGUGGUUGAUGUCAAGCUGUGGUGGCCAUACUUGAUGCACGAGAAUCCUGGCUAUCUUUACUCAAUGGAGGUUCACCUCAUGGCAGCUGAUGAGAGAUCAACAUAUGAGGAUGUAUAUGCUCUACCAGUGGGAAUCCGCACAGUCAAAGUUACCAACACCCAGUUCCUCAUCAACAACAAGCCUUUCUAUUUCCAUGGGGUCAAUAAACAUGAGGACUCUGAUAUUCGAGGUAAAGGCCUGGACUGGCCUCUAAUUGUGAAGGACUUUAACUUAAUGAAGUGGUUGGGGGCCAACUCAUUCCGUACCAGCCAUUACCCCUAUGCUGAGGAGAUACUGCAGAUGUGUGACCGCCAUGGCAUCGUGGUGAUAGAUGAGUGUCCGGGGGUGGGCAUCAAAGACAUUCGCAGUUUUGGAAACGCCUCUCUGGCCCACCACCUGGAUGUCAUGGACGAGCUUGUACGUCGGGACAAGAACCAUCCCUCUGUGGUCAUGUGGUCAGUAGCCAAUGAGCCCGCUGCAGAGAUGCAACCUGCUGCACUUUAUUUCAAGACUUUGAUAACGCAUACUAAAGCUCUGGACCCUACCAGGCCUGUCACCUUUAUCACAGACAGUAACUAUGCCAGGGACAAAGGGGCUCCCUAUGUGGAUGUGAUCUGUGUAAACAGCUACUUUUCCUGGUACCAUGACCCAGGUCACUUGGAGGUCAUCCCUAUCCAGCUCAACGCUCAGUUUGAGAACUGGUAUGGAAAGUACCAGAAACCCAUCAUCCAGAGUGAAUAUGGAGCAGAUGCAGUGCCAGGGCUUCACAGUGAUCCACCCAUGAUGUUUACUGAGGAGUACCAGAAUGCAGUCCUUCGGAGCUACCAUGACAUCUUUGACCAGAAGAGGAAGCAGUAUGUCAUUGGUGAACUCAUCUGGAACUUUGCCGACUUCAUGACUGCACAAGGGAUCACUCGUGUGGUGGGCAAUAAAAAGGGUAUUUUCACCAGGCAAAGACAACCCAAAGCCGGAGCAUUCAUUCUGAAAGAGAGGUACUGGAGACUGGCAAAUGAAACAGGCAGACUUCCUCCUUGGACCAAGUACCCCUGCUCACUCUGACAAGCACCAGUGUUGAGGCACCCAGAUGACGAGAGGCUUGAUACCAUGGAAGCAGUAUGCCUUCUGGAAGAAAGGUGGUUAAAAUGCUGGCCCUAGAACAUUUCAGCGUGUACACAUGAGGUCAGACCAUCGUGAAUCACAGACAGCCACCCUGUUCCUCCAGUGUGAAUUUAAAGAACAACUUGCAGGUUGGAACCCCCUAUGAAUUAAUGUGUAGAAAAAUGAAAAAAUAUGUCAAUAUGUGCGCUAAAAUAACAUUUAGAGUAGUUUUUAUAAUUUAGGUCUGCUUCAAAAACACAACUUGGUCAUGACAUUACAAAAGUGAGCGCAGCUGAGCUACGUUAGGUUUGAUAAUAAGAAAUAUGGAUCCCAGCAGCAGUUAGUAUAUUCAGAAAUAUAUAUGAGUCCACACUAUUAAUCCUGUAGUUAUGAGCUUGCCAGGCAUAGAAGAGACCAGGAGCAGACAAGGAUGAGUAGAGAUAAAGGACCAUCAGUGAAAAAUUGUGGUGUGAGGACAGUCAGUGCAGAGCAGGUCGGAUAUUAUGGCGUCUUGGUGAGUCACCAGCAUUGGAUAACUUUACUAACAUUGUUUUACAUCGAGUUUGCUUUGAUCUAUAAUGGAAAUUAAUAUGCCAUGAUCAGGCGGUUAUAUUUUGUCUGUCUAAUAUAAACAGACAGUUAUAUGGUGGUGAGAGAAAGGUGGGAGAUAGCUGAAAAAUCUGUGUUCAGAUUUACAGUUUGUGUUUUCGUUAAGCUGUUUUUCUGAUGGAUCUGUAACCCCCAGCACCGCAAGCUGCUGCUGACGGUGAAACAGAGGUGGCUGUAUGAACUGAAGGAACCUCACCCACUAUCACUUCACAUGUCCUAACUUAGACGUCCCAUACUGAACUCCAUCGUAUCUCUGGAAACAUAAUCUCCUGUCUAAACUGAGCGCUGCUUGUGUCCGUGUUUUACAUCAGAUUCACAGCAGUCAAGUACUGUCUCUUCAUCUGCUUUAAAACUGGUCCAGGCAUGAGAGCAGCUUCUGAAAAAGAACAAAAAGUGUGGAUUUGAUGUCCUGACAAGCUGAAGUUUGGGGAACAUGCAAAAAUACAGUAAAGUACCAUGAUGAAAAAUUGUGACAUGAAAACAAUUGGGGGGGAAAAGGCAAAGCGAUUAAUGACAGCUGCUCAGACUGGCUACCACCUACUAUCACACAGUGUCCAGAGGCAGAGACUAUUCCCUCAUGUGACGUAACAUGACAUGUAGAAAAAAAGGGGUUCUAAACUUUACUGUUUAAAAUGACUACUUGGCUCUUUAAGAACUAAAAUAUUAACACUAUAAUAACUUUUUCCAGGAGUGUGGAGCAUUUUGCGAACACAUAUGACAUUUUUAUGCACCAAAAAACUCUAGUGCCUCAUCAAAGUUGAUCAGCCUGAUUGAUAUGAAUAAGCAGAUAUUAUUAGCCUAUGUUAUAUUCUAUAUAACUUGACCAUAAUUGCAUAAAAAGAAUGUCAGUCGGUAGAUUGAUAACACAGUUAUUUUUCUCUAAAAUCUGUAAUGACAUUGGGCUCAGUUGUGGUCAGGCUCCACUAAGGACACACUCGCUGGGCAUGGUUUCGCAUUUAAUUUUGUUUAUACAUUUUUCUCCUAGAUGAGAUUAAUGCAGGUUUUACAGUUUAACAAAAAAAAGACCCCAGACUCACGUAGAUCUAAGAUCUAGGCAUCCAUGGUAACACUGACUAGCAUAAACUGACAAAAAUGGAAGGCUCAUCAUAUGUUAAUUGGUAAUAAUAUUGUGGAGCUGGAAAGUGGUGGUGGUUGCAUUUUUUUAAUAUUAGAUGGUUUUCAUAUUGUUAGGUUAUUUGCUAAAUUUUCUGGGCAAAAUAUCUUAAAAUUCCUCAGGGAGAUAUUAGAUUUCUGCUGGAGCUGUACAGUUGGUAAGCCAAGUUUUUAAUUUAAGUUUUAAUUUACCCAGAGUUCAUAGCAAACUAGUCCUGAUUUAGUCAAGGGCUAAACAAUCUUAUGCAGUUAAGUUUACAUGUUUCUCUAAAGUCUAUUAGUUUGAUCUAAGCUAUAGCCAGUGUGCAUCUUUGUGAGACCAGUGCCUGAGUGGACACUAGAAUGAACUUAGCGUUUACAGGAUAUUCUGACACAAAUAGGUGAAGUGAAGUUUUGUUGGCAUUAAAAGGCAGGUCAGAACCAAUAAAAUCUUUCUUCACCAGUAAUAGCUGCCCUUUGCUCUAGUCUGAUAUGAAUACAACUGGCAGAGAACCACACGACAAUACAAAGACACUGUCCCCUCUCAUUUAUUUUACAAAAUUUGUCUGAGGAGAGGAUUUAUAAAAUAAACACCGUGUUUGCAGUCUAUGUUGGAAGUUUACAAAAGUGUAACCUGUCAUUUCUGUGCAUUAUGCAACCAAUCAGAAUGUAUGUUUUAGCUUUUAGCAAGACGCGAUGUUAAUGUGAUUUUUAAUGCUGAAUCAAAAGGUUUUAUUUUUUAAACAACCGACAAUAUGUCAUUUCUGAUAUGUCAUUUGCAUCAAGGUAUUAAAGACAAUAUACUCAA